AUGGACGAAUUUCUAAAAACUAUUGAUGAGUUGAAGCAGGAAAACAUUAAUUUAAAGGCAAAAAUCACUACAUUAGAAUCUCAGUUGGAGGAUGUUGAGCAGUACAGUCGUUUGAACUCGGUGGAAAUAUUCGGCGUACCUGAGGGUAAAAAUGAAGAUACCUACGAGGUGGUGAAGAACAUAGGCGUGGCCUUGGACCUUACUGUAACUCGAGGGAGCAUUGAUGUUUGUCAUCGCCUAGGAAGACCCGCAGGUGGAAGCGAAGGACGCCCCCGAGGGAUCAUUGUAAAAUUUGUGAGGAGAGAACAUAAAAUUAAAUUUCUGGCAAAACGGAAGGUGAAGAGGAAUUUCUCAACUCAGCAUCUGGGGUUUGAACAGCCAGCACAACCUGUCUACAUAAAUGAGAAUUUGAGUCCAGGAAGGAGGAAGUUGUAUGCUGCUGCAAGAGAGGCUAAGAAGACGAGGAAGUACACGUAUCUCUGGAUUCAAAACGGGAACAUCUUGAUGAGGAAGGACCAGGAAUCAUCAGUUGUGAGAAUUGCUUCCAUGGACGAUUUGGAUGGAUUGUAA